AUGAGGGACGACUUAAGAGACGCUCUUUCACUCCACUCGGACGCUAAGAAAGCGCGAACGACGAGCGUAGUUCCGCCACCCGCCGCGCCCUGGCGCCACCUGCCAGGUCUCGCCUCGCCGGCGGACGCGCUCGCACUGCGCGCGGUUCGGCCUCCCCCCGCGGCGCGGCGCCACCGGCCGGCCGCGGUGCCGCGAGGUCCGGGAGCGCGCGUGCGCGGGGGCGCCGGUCCGGCGUCGCGACGCCCCACCCCCGGCGUCGUGGCGGCCACCACGCGCCAGCUCAGUCCUGCUGCUCAGGGGGGCGUCACACAACACUGCGACGGCGACGGCAGCGGCACAGCCACACCGCGCCCGCGCCCGCGCCGCGAUCCGAGGAGCUCAGCCUGGCCGGACCGCGUGGCGGCCCCGCCAGCGCCCCUUCCCACGGGCGCCGACCACCUGCUAAGAAGCGGCGUACCCGUGGGAAGCGAAGGCGGAGCAGGAUUGGAGGAAUGCCGCCGAGCUUACGAGGCUCGGGGGAGCGUAAAAAAGAGAGAGACGGCGCGAGGCGGCGGCGAAAGAGCGAGCGAGAGGGGCGCGGCGAGGACGCGUGUGCGGACACAGACUCAGGGCAGGGAAGGGGCCGAGCCGGCGCGGCCGCACGGCGCAGGUCCUCGGCCGAGGGAGAGAGGGAGCGCGCGCUCGGACGGGGCCGCUAGUCUUGCACUUGCAAGUAGUGGAGCCGCCGGCCAAGGACGCAGCAGCGGCGCGCCGCCGCGUCAGUCCCGCGUGCGACACUGGCCGGAGCGGACGCAGGCGUGGUGGACGCGGGCCCGGGCGCUGCCGACCUGCCAUGAGUCCCGCACGACGACGCCGCUGCCCGCCGCCGGCAGCCCGCCGCUGGCCCAGCUCCGUGCGCUGCUGAUACGCCGCCUGCUCUUCCCUCCACUGCUCGCCUCCUCCGCGUCGCUACAAAUGCCGUGUGGGACAUAG